AUGGGCUCACCCCUUGGACCUCUCCUAGCCGAUGUCUUCAUGGGAAAAUUGGAGAGAUUCCAACUAAGCGAACAGAUCGAUAAGCUUAAACAUUACGGUCGCUAUGUUGACGAUAUCUUUGCCAUUGCCACUGCAGAAACCGAUGUGGCAACCCUCUUAGAUGCGGCAAAUCAGGCACAUCCGUCGAUCAAAUUCACGCUGGAGAUGGAAGCGGCUGGUUCGCUCCCUUUCUUAGAUGUUCUUCUAAGCAGGAGACCUGACGGGAGUGUCCAAAGAAGCGUCUAUCGGAAGAAAACCUGGUCUGGACAAUACACGAACUUCGCCAGUUUCGUACCCCUCCAACAAAAACGAAAUCUAGUCCGAUGUUUGGCACAAAGGGCUAGAAAAAUUUGCUCAACAGAUAGCAUCGAGGAGGAGCUCAGAAAAAUCCAGGACUUCCUUCGCGAAAACGGAUAUCCUGAAAGGUUUAUUGAAAAGAAUAUUGCUGAACUACCGAUCAAACCCGCCACACCGACCGCCGAAAAGAAGACUUUGUUCCUCAAGGUCCCUUUCCAAGGGGACGCCGCGAGUGAACUCCUAAGGAGACGCCUUGAUCAAGCUGUCUCGCGAACCUUCCCAGCAGCAAGGGUUCAAAUAGCACUCUCCACUAACCCGAUUUUACGUGGAGAAGGGAAGGAUAAGUUGCCACCGCAGACCACCUCAAUGUGCAUAUAUUCCUUCACUUGCUCCUGUGGAGCAGGUUAUAUUGGUCGCACGAGUAGGCGCUUAUCCAAGAGAAUACGCGAACACCUUCCCGCAUGGCUGGCCAAAGGUGAAACUAGGAGAAUAGACAGUGCCAUCCUCGCGCAUGUUGUCGAUUCCGGACAUCGCGUGGACCCCAACGAAGCUUUUCGUGCAAUUUAUAAGGUCCCAUCGAGCUAUCCUAAGCUACUAGGCCAGCGCCUGUUAGCGACAGCGGAAGCAGCCGCCAUUAGGCUACGAAAGCCGAUCUUAUGCGCGCAGAAGAACCACGUUCAGGCUCCGCGCCUACGGUGGUCGAAGGUCGACUAACGCUGCUACACUUCGCGCCCUUCCGCUCUCACCCCGCCCCUGACAAUGACUGCUAUUACCCACCCCACCCUCCCCCCCACAUUCCAACACCCCGCCCGUGUUUUAAGUAGAACUUUUAUCGAUUUUUCUUAUCGCUGACGUGUUUUUCUUCUACCCCGUUCUCAUAUAACUGUACUGGCCCGACGAGAAUUUAUCGAAAGCUACGUAUGCUCGCCACCUCGUCUUCUGAUCAACUUAAAUUGUCAUUUCACCGACUGACAUCAUGAUGAUAGCCGGGGUGUGUUCGGAAUCAGCUCUUAUGGUCCAGCGAGACUGGCUUACUCUUUUAUUUUUCGGGUAAUCUGCCUUCCUUGAUAACCUUGCAGAUUACAAAAAAAAAUAAUUUCACUGAUUACCUUUCGCUUAAACGUAAAGGGAUGCCGUUCCGACCAAAACGAUUUCACGCCUUUGGAUGUGAACGAUUCUCAUCUAAAAAUUUAUGACGAUAAACAUAUUUUUCCGCCAAAAGAACCAAUUUAGAUGUUUCUGGUUUUGGAGAAGAAGAAGAAGGAGGAGGAGGAGGAGGGGGAGGAGAAGGAGAAAAAGAAGAAGAAAGAGGAGGAGGUGGAGAAGGAGGAGGAGGAGGGGGAGAAGGAGAAGGACGAGGGAUUAGACUUACUUUAA